AUUUGGUACGUUGUGAGAGAAGAGAAGGUCCAAAAAGGCAGUGCCCUCUCUCUCCUCUGCAUAGAACGGACGAUCCCAAGCACCAAAAACGAACACCCUUUACCUCUCUCUCUCGUCGAGACUCUCAUCUUCACUGAAAUUUAUAAUCUUUUAAUAUAAAUAAGAGAAGAAGAAGAAAGAAAAAAAAAGAUAAAUUUUGAAGAAGAAUAAAGAUUCAGUCUUUGAAUCGAAUAAAAGGGGUUGUUCUUUGAUCAUGGCUGUUGCUGAGAGUGCACCAAAUUUCGACAACACAGCAGUGUCGUCAGACUCGAAUGCACAGAACGAUCUCGAAAACCGAAAACCCAAAGUCGAUUCCUCUGUGGUCCUGAGUGCCGAGGCCAAUGUACAGUCCAACGGAGACGAUCAGAGUCCAGAGGGGAAGUUUCUGGAGCAGGAGAAAGUGACAACUUUCUCAGUCGCCACUAACAAUCACAAGGCUCAAUCGGGUCAGACCCCAAAUGGGGUUGAUUCCAAUGGGGUUGAUAACCAUCAGACGGCGGAGGAUAUGUCUGAAGGCUAUGUGAUUGAUCAGAGGUCAAAUGGGGAAGGGGAUGAGAAAUACAAGCGUGAAAUGAGAGAUUUGGAGGACUUGCUGUCUAAGUUGAAUCCCAUGGCUAAGGAGUUUGUGCCUCCUUCCCUUGUCAACAACAAUGGCGGCUUUGAUUUUGCUGGUGGGUUUGGAUUUACUAACGGAUUUAUAAUGCACACUAACUCUGGCAAUGCCAAUGGACUAAUGGGUAGGAAGAAGAAGAAUGGUUAUAGUCAAGGUCGGGGUAGGAACUAUUACAAAUUGAAUUUGGCUCAGAGGGAGGAAAUGAUUAGGAGGACUGUAUAUGUAUCUGACAUUGACCAACAGGUUACUGAAGAGAACCUGGCUGCUCUCUUUCUUGGCUGUGGACAGGUUGUGGACUGUCGUGUCUGCGGUGAUCCAAAUUCAGUUCUUCGAUUUGCCUUCAUUGAGUUCACAGAUGAAGAAGGUGCAAGGAAUGCUCUAAGUCUGUCAGGAACGAUGCUUGGCUACUACCCAGUAAAGGUGCUGCCUUCAAAAACUGCAAUUGCACCUGUUAACCCAACAUUUUUGCCAAGGUCUGAUGAUGAGCGUGAGAUGUGCUCAAGGACUAUUUACUGUACAAAUAUUGACAAGAAGAUUACUCAAGCUGAUGUCAAACUCUUUUUUGAAACACUUUGUGGAGAGGUUCAGCGCCUGAGGCUGCUUGGAGACUAUCAUCACUCCACUCGUAUUGCUUUUGUUGAAUUUACCGUGGCUGAAAGCGCCAUUGCGGCUCUUAACUGUAGUGGUGUGGUUAUGGGAUCGCUCCCGAUAAGGGUAAGCCCCUCAAAGACACCAGUUCGACCCCGUGCCCCUCGUUCUCCGCCGCAGUGAACCACCUCUUCAUGUUUCCAUGACUAAUCUGCUGCUGAUAGAUAUAUCAACCGUAUGCAUACACAGAGACAAACAUUUCGGCAUAUUGUGUUUCUCUACGCUUUUGUCAUGGUUACUGUUAGGUAUCGUUGUGACCUACAUGGGGUUAUCUGUGGGUUUUAUUUUAAACUUGUAGAGUUGGAUGGAAUUCUGAGGAGUUUAAUGGUUUAAUUUUACUGAACUUCGUUAUGAAA